CAGCCAUCUUUUUAACAUCUCUCGUCCAGAGCGGGAGGCCAUGGAGACCUACAUCAGCGAGUCAUUGGCCGCAGAUUACGGACCACAUGUUCACCAAGUACUUCAGAGACUCCUUGAGAACAAGCUCUUUGUUAAAGCAGAAAAGUGUGCGUUCCAUGUUCCAAAGACCACCUUUUUGGGUUACGUCAUUGCUGAGGGGCAGCUUCAAAUGGACCCAGCCAAAGUAGCCGCAGUCACUGAGUGGCCGACGCCAUCCACAAGAAAGGAGAGGCAGCGGUUCCUUGGCUUCACCAACUUCUACCGGCGGUUCAUUCGGAACUACAGUGGGGUGGCAGCACCCCUCACUGCGCUCACAUCAACCCUAACAUCCUUCCAAUGGUCUGAGAAAGCCGACAUGGCCUUCUGUGAGCGAAAUAAACGUUUUUUCCUCAGCUCCUAUCCUCGUUCAUCCGGAUCCACAGAGGCAGUUCAUAGUUGAGGUCGAUGCAUCAGAGGCGGGGUUUUGGUGCGGUGCUGUUUCAGCGAUCCCAGACUGAUGGUAAGGUCCAGCCUUGCGCCUUCUUUUCUCACAAGUUGUCUCAGGUGGAGAAAAAUUAUGGGAUCAGAGAUCGGGAGCUUUUUGGGGUGAAGAUGGCGUUGGAGGAAUGGUGGCAUUUCCGGGAAGGCGCCAAACACCCAUUCAUUGUGUGGACCAACCACAAGAAUUUGGAAUACAUCCACUUUGCUAAGAGGCUGAGCUCCCGUCAAGCCAGGUGGGCAUUGUUUUUUGACCGGUUCACCUUUACCUUGUCCUAUCGCCCAGGGCCCCAGAACACCAAGGCGG